AUGGCCGCCGACGUGUUCAUGCGGCCGGCGCGGCUCCUCGGGGCGGCGGGGCCGCUGUCCCCCCGCACGGAGCCCGACGAGGACUCGUCGGACACGGACGAUGGGGGCGCCUCGCCGGGCGGAGGGCGGCGGUGCGGGCCGCGGCGGGGGCAGCCCCCGGGCCCCCAGAUCAUCCACUCGGGCCACUUCAUGGUCUCGUCGCCGCACAGCGAGCACCCGCCCAAGAAGGGCUACGACUUCGACACGGUCAACGAGCAGACCUGCCAGACCUACCAGUUCGGGGCGGCCCGCGGCGCCGGCGGCGCCGGGGGGCGCCUCAGCAUCGACGCCUCCCUCACGAAGCUCUUCGAGUGCAUGUCCCUGGCCUACAGUGGAAAGCUGGUUUCACCAAAAUGGAAAAAUUUUAAAGGCUUGAAACUUCAGUGGAGAGAUAAAAUCCGUCUCAAUAACGCCAUCUGGAGGGCAUGGUACAUGCAGUACCUGGAGAAGCGCAAGAAUCCAGUGUGCCACUUUGUGACUCCGCUGGACGGCUCUGUUGAUGUCGAUGAACAUCGUCGGCCAGAGGCCAUUGCAACAGAAGGGAAAUACUGGAAACGAAGAAUUGAAAUAGUCAUCAGGGAAUACCACAAGUGGAGAACAUACUUCAAGAAAAGGCUACAGAAACAUAAAGAUGAAGAUCUUUCAAGUUUGGUCAGGGAUGAUGACGUGGUUCUCUGGCAAAAAAGAAGGUAUGGCAGAGAAACCCCUGUCCCUAUGGAGGAAGGCAGCCUCUUGGAUGCAGAUAUGCUUAUGUCCGAGUUCACCGACACGCUGUUCUCCACACUGUCUUCACAUCAGCUGGUUUCCUGGCCAAAUUCCAGGGACAUAGCACACUUAGGAAAUGCUGAUAUGAUUCAACCAGGGCUUAUUCCUCUCCAGCCAAAUUUUGAUUUUAUGGAUACUUUUGAGCCUUUUCAGGAUUUAUUCACAACCAGUCGUUCCAGUAAUUAUUUCCCUUCUGUGUCUGCUGUCAGCUCAGCUACAACAGACAGCAGCAGCCAUUCUUCCCAGUCUCCUGUCCCGCCGUCAGGUUCAUUGCCCAACACACUUCCAGCAGGAAACAUCAGUGAUGGACUGAUUGCUUCCUCAGUACCUGCUCCUGUCAUUCCUGAUGUUGGCACUGACCAGUGUUCCAGCAUUAGAAGCGGGGGAUCUUUCAUCCAGCCAGCGGACUUCACUCCUGACUCGUCUCUCAGCGGGCCACAAACUUUUAUGCCAGUGUUUCAGACACCCUUGCCACUGCUUCAACCUGCGACACAACAGCACCAGUCCCCGUUGCCUGCAGUGCCUCUGAAUUCUAGCUUAAGCUCUCCACCAGCUGCAUUUGCUGCACCAGAAACCCAGAAGUUUGGCCUCUGUGAAUCUACAGUUAUCACACACACAGCUUCCGCUACGUUGACCCACAAUGCCCCUGCCACCACCUUCAGCCAGAGCCAGAACCUUGUCCUGGCAACGCAGCAGCCGGGUGCAGGAGUGCCUUGUAACCUGGCUUUCCAGACUACUGUCCUGCAGGGACAGCCCCGUCCCCAGCUGCAGUCCCAACUGACAUUUGCACUCCCCAAAGCUGUUCCUCUGGCCAGUGCUGGGACAAGGCCCAAACAGUCACAGAAAAUAGUGCCUGCUCCGAAGCCUGAAACAGUGCCCUUAUUGUUAAAGAAUGCCUUCAUCACCCCAGCUGCCUUUCAGGGACAGUCCAGAGCUGUGAUUGUAACUCCAGCACCUUUAAAAAGAGAGGGGAUUUUGACGCCAGCCACGUCUCAGUCUAAUGUUGCAAUUGCACCAGCUGGAAUUGUCAGAGCUCCCGGGGUGACGGAGUUCCGUAGUAACAUUCUGGUUGGUCCAGCACAGCGAGCACCAAGUAGUCAACAAACCCAGUCCACAGUCUCACAUCUCUUCUCUCCUAGUGUAGUCCAGGAUGUGUUGGUGAAAGGAGAGCAAAUCCCUUCCCACAGUAGCAGUUCACAAGUUCCCUCACCUACACCUAGCCGAGACUGUCAGAAUUCAGGCCAAGCUUCCCCCUGCACCUCUGAGCAGAGCCCCAGUCCACAGUCUCCCCAGAACAGCUGCUCAGGAAAACCUGCCACUGACCCUAAUAUGGCUGCAUUUAAGAAUCGAAGAAUGAAGCAUAUUUCUGAACAAAAACGAAGGUUUAAUAUCAAGAUUGGUUUCAGUACUCUGAACAGCUUGGUUUCAGCCAACUCCAAGUCGAUCAGCCAUGCAAUCACGCUCCAGAAAACAGUAGAAUAUAUCGCUAAACUACAGCAGGAAAGAACACAGAUGCAAGAGGAAACCAGGCGCCUUCGGGAAGAAAUCGAGGAGCUAAACGCUACCAUCAUUUCUUGUCAACAGCAGCUCCCUGCUACCGGGGUUCCCAUAACACGGCAAAGAUUUAACCACAUGAGGAGGAUGUUUGAUGAGUAUGUGAGAAGCAGGACCCUGCAGAACUGGAAGUUUUGGAUUUUCAGCAUUAUUAUUAAGCCAUUGUUCGAGUCCUUCAAUGGGAUGGUUUCCACAACAAGCUUUAAGGAUCUGAAUCAAACUGCAAUGGCCUGGUUGGAUCAGCACUGUUCUCUUCCUGUUCUGAGGCCAAUGGUGCUGAACACCCUCCGGCAUCUAAGUACAACCACCUCAAUUCUGUCAGAUCCAUCAUGCCUGCCAGAGCAAGCCGCUGAGGCAGUUAACAAGAUGAACAAAACAGCUGGCGAAACCUAACAACCAAAGACAAUGAGUUGCUUACACAAGGGGUGGAGAACCUGCCAGUCUAGCAGCUUGGCGAGUCUCCUUUCAGUUGGUGCACUUUAGAAAGAAUUCUCUCCAUCACCCGAGACGUUGUUCAGGGCAUCUGGCUCUGCUUUCAGAAUAUGUGGAAGUAUGAUGCAACGUUGUCAUAAUGUUUUGAUUCCUCUUAAGUGCUGUGCUGUACUCCGUUAAGUGAGAAAACACCAAGCUCAGGUAAAUGUAGCAGGUGUGAGUCCUGCAGGCAGCAAUAUCUCUCCAUCAAUGCAGCAUGCAUCUAUAUGCAACAAACAUAUUUCUAUGAAACAGCUUCAAGUACUAAGUUCUCUGAAGUGUAAAUCUUGUACACCAAGGAAUGUUCUCUUAAAGGGGAAAUAUACUUUCGAUUUCAUGAAACAAAAUGUGCUUUUUAUUUUGUUUUCUGGUAUUCAGUUCCAUUUGUUUUACUUGAAUAGUGAAAAUUGUUAAACAGGAUCAUAUUACAAACCAAAGGAGAAGAAAAAUACGUCAAUGAUGUCAACUCAUGGCAAAAAUACUAGAAUUAAAAUCUCAGGCUAUGUUUUGUGUAUUUUUAUUUUAAUGAGUGUAUCAUUGCGUAUGAUCAGUUUCAAGACAUGCUUUAUUUUCUAGCAAAUAAAGUAGCUGUUUUUUAUUAUUUUUCCUCAUAUAGCCAUUGCAAGUGAGUAGCAGGCUGUGCAGUAAGUGCAAGAAAGCAGUUUUAGAUUGCAUAGAGAUUCUGCAAUUAGGAUAGAUACAUGAAUUUCAUACCCAUUUAAUCUAUGAACUGUUUUCUUGCGCUCUGCAGAGUUUAGCUGCCUUCCUCAUAAAAUGUGCGCAUAUAAAACACAUCCGUAGAUAAAUGUAGUCGCGCUUCAGAGACAAGAAUUGAGUUUGUAAUGUUAAGAAAUUGGCUUUUUUGUUAUCUCAGAAACUAUAUCAAACCACAUGGUCCUGUAGUCAGUUCUUUGCUUCUUUGUCUUUUUUGCUUGUUCUUUUUGCUUUCUGUCUGAAAAACCUGAAGGAUUUAUCUAAAUUUGGUUUGUGUGGGAAGGUUAUGUUCAACAUGAAUUAUAAAACAUAUAAAAAUAUGUUUAAAACCCAGAAUACUGCAUAACAUUUUUCUGUGACAGUCUCAGCAAGUACUGUGCUCUGCUGCAGAUAAACUUAGUCUCGUUACAGCAGUGCUAGUCUGUCCAUCCUGAGACAGCACUGGGAUAUUCAUUCCGGCUGAUUGUUCGUAGUCUGGAAUGAUCCUAUGACCCUUGUAUUUCCACUUGUUACUUGAUUCUGAUUCUUAAGAGCUAUGCAAACUGUGGGUAACGUUUCCGUUGUAUCUCCUCUGAGUAGUUUUCUUCCAGUUUCAAAAGCAGGCUGCCUGGAUGUGAUUAGCAGGCUAUCACAGUGCUAAAAUGAGGAGCAGCUUAAACAUUUGGGCAUUGCACAUGCUGAAAUGGGGUCAGUAGGUUCUCCUUCAGGGGAUGUAGUUUUUCUCAGCAUUGUCUCCCAUCUUCUCCAUUUGGUGGGCCAAAGUUUAAAAAGAGACAGUAGGCCUGGGGAGUAAGACUAAGCACAGGGAGUAUUUUUCUUUCUUCUGUGUCCUGAGAUUUUGCAGCUAAUGGCUUUCAUUGUAGAGUUCACUUAUGUGUGAGCAGGACUGUAGCAAGAAGAAAGCAUGAAAGGUUAACCCUCGGGCCCUCUCCCUGAACAGAGGUACUGUGAGUUGAGGAAUUGGGGGCUGGAGGGGACUGCUGGGGGGGAAAGGAGCCGAAGGGAAAGAAAAUGGCAUGAUCUAAGUACCGACAUGCCUUUCUGUAGCUGUGCAGACAAAUCAGGAGAUGCUCUAUUUUUAUUUUUUUUUAACAGUAGAUCUGACAUAUCAUUUGAAGUUUGUGGCACAUGUGAAAACCUAUGUCUCUGUGUCAGAACCAACAAAAAUCCAGGCCUCAGCUAAGGAAUGGUUUGUUGAAAUAGUGUAUAAAGGUUGUCAUAGUAAUUAAAUAGCGAGUAGAUUUUCUGGGGAGAUCUGUAUCUAGGCCUUUUGUACAUAAUGUUGUAAUCAAUUAAGCAAUAUUCUUUGGGAUGCAUCUGGAUAAAAAGUGUUGAAUAAGUGUAAAUUCUUUUUUAAAUCAGUGCUUUAAAUCCUCCCAUUUUUAUCAUUGAUUGUGAACUCAAUUCCAGUAAAGUCAUUUAACACUGUGAUUAGCUGGGGAGCAUCCCUCAAGUUCUUUCUUUACUGGGCCUAUCUCAUUGAGAUGCAUAGAUAUCUACAUGCGUAUUUGCAUGUUAAAAAUAUGUAUCCGGUUUUCUAGAAAGAAAUCAGUAGGCACAUUGUCCAAGAACAGACCCACUUGUGGUUUUGCUGUACUUUUCAGCUGAACAGAUUCUGUAAUGCCUCCCCUGCAGUGUGGUCUCCUGCUUGUCAGGCAGUGAUGGUGCUUGAUUUUUACCAUUACCGGUGUCAAUGACAUUAGAGUUUUGUCUCAACAAGCAAAGUGCAGUACAAGCACACUUCAAAGCCCAGGGAAGCCUGAUGACUUCUAAGCUUAAAUCCUAACAUCUCAGAUCUCCCUGACUGGCUUGGAAGCUGAAAGGGACCUUAAAGGAAUAGGAAAGGAUAGCGUGACUGAACUGCUAAAAAUUUUGUCCAUUAGCAGUUUUUAUCUGGGUGUGGAGCUGGUUACGAUUGGAGGGAAAGUGCUUAUUUUAAUAACCUGUGGUGGAGAAACAAGCUCAUGGCACUAUUAAAAGACUGCAGAUCUUAACAUAGUAAAGAGAAAAAAAUUCAAUCAAAGAUUGCUUACUUAAGCAAGAGUGUAGGAGGGAGGGAAGGAAAAGUGAAAAGAUACCUUCCAAGUAGUGCAAUUACCAGAAAUUAUGUGGCUGCUCUUUGAAGCAGUGAUUCAGUGUAUUUUUGUCACCCUAUUAUUGCAAAUCAAAAUUCUUUUCUUUUAUCAGUCAACCUUGUGAGGGGUGUGAUUUCACUUCAUUUGAAACACAGGAGGAAAAAGCUGUAUUAUGUCUCACAUUUGCACAGUAGAAGUACUGAGGAUUGGUAUGAAAAGAGAUUGACCACGUAUGUAUUAAUUCCUGCGUAGUUUUCCACUUUGGUUUAUGUUUGAACUACUUAGUCUGUCUUUCUUACCCAUUGAGGAGUCUAAAUACUAUAUUUCUUCAAAAAAAAAAAAAAUUGAUAACACUUUCUCCCCUAGUUUAAGUGGUCUAAUUUCCUCAGUGUCACCAAAGUAUACUUAAGCAAGCAAAACACACGGUGCCUAUACUCUACACAGCAUUACAGAUGGUGUGCAUCUGUCUUCAGUGAAUUGGUGCUAAGCUUUUUAAAGAAUCCUCAUAUAACUGAAUACAAGUCAUAUUCAGUCAAAUCCAACAUAUUUCACUCAAUAAGGAAGUGGCUACAUAAAAUAUUCAUGGCCUGUGAUAUGCACAAAGUCAAGCUGAGAUUGUCUAGCUCCUUCUGACCUUGAAUUCUCUUAAUCAGUAUAUUGUAGAUGGCCCACACCCCACACACAAGUUCUGGAGAACUUGUGCAUUAUCUGAUGUAGUUACUAGGCUUGUAUGAUGCUCCCUGUUAGCAGGAGGAAUAAGUGGUUAAAGUCCGGGAGCAAACUAGAAUUGAACGAAUUAAUGAGUCGUAGGAACAGAGACAAACGCAUGCUUCAUCUUGACACUCUGAUCUCUGUACAAAACCAAAGGAUUCUUCAUUAAUACCAUUUGACCCGAUUGGCAUGUUCUUCCAUGCUUUCCUAGAUCCCUCGAGAAGCCUUCUUUGAAGGGAGACUUACUAGAAUGUUUCCAUCUGUGCCUUAGAUCUUUGGUGUCCUGUAUGCAUUUGAUUUAUCUUAAGUCAUACAUUCUUCCCCCUAAUACAGUGCUAUGUGGAAAAUUCAGCGAAUUGACAAAGUGGGGCUUCCCUGGGUUUUAAGAGGAUUGUAUCUGUGUGACAUUACCACGUCCCUUUGAAACUGAGGUGGUGAAAAAUUGUGUGUAUGUAUGGAAAAAAUUGCUUCUUUCCUGCUCACUUCACCAUCCUCCUGUCCCAUGUACAUAGGCAUAUAUGCACACACGUACAUACUGUCAUACCAGAAGUUUGACAGAAACCCUGUAAACAUGCAGAUAUUUAAAUCUCUAAAUCUGGAAUUGCUUGAAAAGACAAAGGGCUGACAAAUUGCAUUGGAUUUUGUAUCUUUACUUACUAUCUUCAGGGGUUUUUUACAUUCCCUUGGGAGUGUGUGUCUGUAUGCAUGUGUGGUAGAGGUAAGAGGGGCAGGUAAAUUUUGUUUUGUUUGCUUUUAAAGCCCAGAACUCCUGAAGAGCAGUUUGAGAACAGGAGAGGGAAGCUCACUGCAGAAACAUUCAGUAAGAUAAUGCUUUUGUAGUACAAAUUAUUUGAAAGCUCUUUUACUUUCUUUGUUUCUGGAGUGGAUAAUUCUUGCCUUGAUGUUGCCAACAAGAAGAUACUGCUGAAAAUAGAAAGGGUUUUUAACUAUUUUGACCUUCUUUCUUUUUUUCUUUCUUUCUUGGUUCCUUUCCACCUUUAUUGCAUGGAAAAACAACCAAAAUCAAAAGGCUGAUGAUACCUGGUUUAGGUGCUUCAGGAAUUCGGUCAUACCGAUCUCGGAGGACUAUGGACAACUAUUGAUGAAUUCUAGGAGAUUUUUUUGAUUAGGUGAGACAACAGGACUUUUCCUAUUGCUCCUCCUCAAUUUAUACACUUGAGUUUCAGAGGAGAUCAUUUGUUUGGGGGGAUUUUCUUUUAUAGGGCCCCAGUAUUGUUCCCAUAACAUCAGUUUAGGCCUCAAGUUUCCUUUUGUUUCAUUCUUGGUUGGCUUUCAUGCUCGUUUAUUUACGUGUGUUAGAGCAGAAGUGGUAGUACCGAAUUGUAGAUUGAUCCGUAAAACUUUAUUCAGUUACAAAGAAACACAUCUUAGGUGUAUAAUAGAAUGACUUUCUAGCCAUUGUCUGAACUGCUUUUAUAUCUGAACUUUUCCAACAUGAAUAAGGUUUUGAAUCAAAAGAUAUCAAUGUUAGGAGCAAGCCUUUUAGUUAACAAUACAAUGAAUAAAUUGCUCUUUUUCUUCUUCUCACCUUGUAUUUAAAUGUGUUUUAAGUGAAUGGAGUUCAUUCCUGUUAAAAAAAAAAGGUAAAAAAAAAAGCUUGGAGGUAUGAGGACUUCAGGUUGUGCUCUUGCUUUGCCUAGGUUUCCUGUUCUGUUGCAUGACACAACUUCAGUUGUGCUGUUGAUAUGUAGCACUUUUCAGUAGGUCUGUUAAAUUGUGCAAUGCAUUUUUUAUAUUUACAACCAAAACAAUAAAGGUUAUUUUUUGG